UACAAUUGCUAGCGAUGCUUACCUAAUCGAGAGGAUUUGAGCUGUGAGCCUGUGACUGCACGAGUGGGUGUUCUCGUCUUCAGCACAUCAAACUGCUCCAUUUUGAUGAUCCCCUAAAAAUGCGUAGGUUUUUUUUUUGUUCGAAAAACUGCUGCGAAAUUACUCAUGCUUGCGCAAAUGAUUCAUGAGGUUGAAGAAGGAAAAAAAGAUUUUUUUUUCCUGAUUCAUGCGUAGAUUUCUGCACAAAUGGUCGCCAUGGCCAAGAGAUGGUGCAGAGAAUAAAAAAAGGACAGGGAACAGAUGGUGAAGAAGAACAAAAGUCAGCGUAGGUGUGCUGUCUGAUUUCUGGACGUUGGAUGCGGCUUCAACGGUUAAGCUCUCCCGAGCCCUACAGGUGAAGCUGCACCCCAUGCCCAUGCCCAGUCCCGGUCCGCCGCUUCAUUUCCAUUCCUGCUUGACCCAAUCCCUCUCCCGAGCUUGUCAUUCGUCCCAAAUUCUCCGCGCCGGCGCAAGCACGUCGCCGGCAACCUCCUCCAGGCUCACGGCUCCCGCCUGACCGCGCCGAAGAGCACACCUCCCAUCCUCCUUCACCGUAGCACGUCGCUUCGAAUUCUUCUCUCCCGUGGUCGCUCCCCUACUCCUCUCUAUUGGUCCUGGAAGUGCAGAUCCAUCCGGACGUGGAUUGGUUUCUUCGUUUGUCGGUCAUAUGAUUGCAAUGAAUCCUGAGCAAGUACUGUCUUGUAAAGAAGUAACCCCAAAUUCCGACAUCAAUCGAUCCUGUGAAGCAUUAGGUUGCUCACUACCUUAGUACCUUGCAACUGGAAAGGAGAGAGCAAAGUGAUUUGCUGUCUCCUGGUGAUUGUUGUCCGUGACGCCUAGUGAUGGCAGAUGCUAGUUCGAGGACUGACACCUCAACUGUUCUAGACAACGACGACAAGAAUCAGAGGUUGGAAAACGGACAAAGUGAAGCAAUCAUGCCAUCUAAUUCUUCGGAUAGGUCCGACAGGUCCGACAAACCUUUGGACCAAAAGACACUGCGACGGCUCGCCCAAAAUCGUGAGGCAGCAAGAAAAAGUCGGCUGAGGAAAAAGGCAUAUGUGCAACAGCUAGAGAGCAGCAAGCUGAAACUUGCACAAUUAGAGCAGGAGCUCCAGAAAGCUCACCAGCAGGGAAUCUUCAUUUCCAGCUCUGGAGACCAAACCCAUGCCAUGAGUGGAAACGGAGCAUUGACUUUUGACAUAGAAUAUGCUAGAUGGCUAGAGGAGCAAAAUAAGCAGAUAAAUGAGUUGAGGACUGCGGUGAAUGCUCAUGCAAGUGACAGUGAUCUACGACUUAUUGUAGAUGGCAUAAUGGCCCAUUAUGAUGAAAUAUUCAAGGUCAAAGGUGUUGCUGCGAAGGCUGAUGUGUUUCACAUACUUUCAGGCAUGUGGAAGACACCUGCUGAAAGGUGCUUCCUGUGGCUUGGGGGUUUUCGUCCAUCUGAGCUUUUAAAGCUCCUAGCGAAUCACAUCGAGCCCCUAACUGAGCAGCAGUUGUUGGGAUUAACCAACCUCCAGCAAUCUUCCCAGCAAGCAGAGGAUGCAUUGUCACAGGGGAUGGAGGCAUUGCAGCAAUCUUUGGCAGAGACUCUGGCUGGAUCUCUUGGUCCAUCGGGUUCUUCAGGGAAUGUGGCAAACUACAUGGGUCAGAUGGCCAUGGCCAUGGGCAAACUUGGAACACUUGAGAAUUUUCUUCGCCAGGCUGACAACCUGCGACAGCAGACAUUGCAUCAAAUGCAACGAAUUCUGACGAUCCGGCAGGCUUCUCGCGCUCUUCUUGGUAUACACGACUACUUUUCACGGUUGCGUGCUUUAAGUUCUCUGUGGCUUGCUAGGCCACGGGAAUAACCAAGGAUGAUCACUGUGCUGAGUUUCCUGAGAUCACUGUGCUAAUACAAUUAUGUUUAGCUGUUGCUUGGUCCAAAUUGUACGUAAGUGGUGUACAAGUAGGUUAAUCCUGUAAGUUAUGAUGAUUAUAUGGCUGUAUUAGCAAUAAUAAUUAGAGAAAUCAGGAUCAGUGCUAUAUGGUUUGUACUGGUCAAAAUAUGUAGUCCUAAAUGCAACUCCUGUGACAUUGGGGCGAAAUGGGUAAUAAGAAUGUUCCAUUGGUCA